CGGGCCGACUGGUGGUACCGAGGGCUAUAUGGCUCCCGAGAUGCUUGACGACGAUGAUCCCAGCGAUACCACCAUGAAGACCGACGUCUAUGCAUUCGCCAUCACAGUGUACGAAGUCCUCAACGAUGCCAAACCCGUCUGGGCCACGGCGAGCGGCCAGGCAAUGAAGCCCUUCCAGAUCCUGGUACAGCUCCUUCAGCACAAGAGGCCCAAGCGGAUCGGUGACAUCCCCGACAAUGUCUGGGCCCUCAUCGAGCGCUGCUGGGCCCACGAUCCUGCCGAUCGUCCCUCGUUCCCCGACAUCCUUGAUGUCCUCCAACCUUACAACCGAGCCCCUGUACCCCAGUCCUCCUCGAUCGCUGCCCCCAGUCGGGCUAUCAGCGACACUGCCGUUCCCGAUGUCAACAGCCGCUCCCAGCCCAGUCGAUCUGGCGAGCUCUGGUUCGAUGGAAUCGAUUCAGUGGUCCGUCUUCCUGGCCUGCUUGUCGCUCAUGCCAAGCAGGGCGAUCCUGAAGCCUGCCUCGAUGCUGCCAAGUUCAUCUCGGAUGGCCUCUUGGCCCGCCACUCGGAUUGGAAGCUUGCCGCCCAGCUCUUCAAGGCCGCUGCUGACCGCGGCAACCUCGAAGCGUGUUUCAGCCUUGCCUGGCUCCAUCUCACUGGCGAGGGGAUUCAUCAGGACGACCGCAGCGCUCUCUGGUAUUGGCAAGAAGUCAGCACCAAGUCCGGCGAUCAAGCCAUCAAGUCGAUCGCCACCCACAUGGUCGGCUGGAUGCACUAUCUUGGUCGAGGUACCAUCCGCGACGAACAAAAGGGCAUCAGUAUCAUUCGGUACAAUGAAUCGAAGGCAUUUCCUCUCGGGGAGCAUGACGGUCUGGCCACAUAUCGUCUCACCUCGGACGAUUCGCUCGCAUCCCGCAAGUUCUUUGGGCUGUGCCAGUCGGGAUCCGGACAGGAUUGGUUGUGCAAGCAUCUUAUGGCUGUGUGCCUCGUCCAAGGAUUCGGAACUCCCAAGGACCAGCGGCGAGCAUUUGGCCUCCUUGAAGAGCUCGCCGGGCGCGGCCAUAGCGACAGCCAGUUCUGGGUUGGCGAGUGCUGCUUCUGGGGCCGAGGUGUGCCGUGGAAUUACUCGAGGGCUUUUGAAUGGCUGAGCAAGUCGGCAGACCAAGGCAACUCGUAUGGACAGUGGAUGCUCGGUCGUUUCUAUGCGAGUGGAUGGGGAGUUGAUGAGGAUAAGCCCAAGGGUGCCGGGUGGUUUCGCAGGUCCGCCGAGCGGGGCAAUCGCUACGGACAAUACGAGCUCGGCCACUGCUACAAUCGUGGUUCUGGUGUCGCUCAGAGCAUCGACACUGCCGCCUUCUGGUUCCGCAAGUCCGCAGAUCAAGGAUUCGAUGCUGCCGCCAACAGCCUCAAGGACAUCGGCAAAUGAUCCAAAGCCGUGUCUUCUCACAGGGCGUCUGCUGCGAGCAGCCAUGAUGAUGCAUGCAAGCGGAAUCCUCAAUCGAUCGCGUCGCCCGACUCCAAGACCACCACUUGGUCGUUGUUGGCCGGGUGUGCGAUAUGAUUCAACUCUGCCGUGUCCUUUGCCCGAACGAGACGAUGUGUCGCAUCUAUUACUCAACACGCCUAUGAAACAGCGAC